AUGCGCAUUACACAAGCCGCUCAGAUCCUCCUGGGUCUCCCCCUGCUAUGUGUCGCGGCUCCGGCCCCAGCCAGCGGCAAUUACUUCGAGGAAAUCCUAUGCCGCGUUGAUACAGACUGCCAGUACAAGAUGGUCUGCACCAUCAUCUGGCCCGCAAUUGGCAUGGGUACAUGCAUGACCAAGAGGGAGAAGCAGGGCUUCGAAGACAUUAAACGCCUGAUCGAAGCCGGCGUGCCCGCACUGAGUCCAGUCCCCGUUGCUCCCACGGUUCCUGCUGGUGCUGCUGCCCCUGCUGGUGCCCCUGCGGCUGUUCCUCCUGCUGCCCCUGCUGUUGAUCCUGCUGCCCUUGCCGCCCUUGUUUCUCAAACAAUGGAGCAGGAAAUGUCAAAGAAAGCCAAGAAGGACAGAAAAAAGAAGGACGAGGGCAAGGGCAAGGGCAAGGGCAAGAUGACAGAGAAAAAGUAUAAGGAACAUGUAGAGAAGGAGAACAAUGAGAUAGAGAAGCUGAAGAAACAGGCAGAGAGGCUUGACGAAGAGGCACAGAAGAGGAAGGAAGAGGAAGAGGAAGAAGAAAAGAGGGAGGAAGAGCAAAAGCUGCUAGAAGCAAAGGGAGAGGAAUUAAAGGCGGAGCAAGAGAGGAGAAAGGAAGAGAAAGAGCAGAUAGACGCAGAGGACGAGCAGUUGACUAAAGAGCAAGAGAAGAGGAGGGAUGAGGAAGAGAAAGAGAAGUACGCGCGAAAGAAGGGAAGGGGAAAGAAGAAGAAGGGCAAGGGAAAGAAAAGCCUCAACAAUUAA